AUGUCUACCCUGGUUGCCUUCUUUCUGCGUGUUUGUUUGACUCUCUUAAUAGCACAUAUCGGCCCAGUGCGUGGGGCCCAAGAGAAGAUCGAACGUGAAGUCAACUCAGCUGCACCUCGAAUAGUGGAUAAACCACUGCUCGCAAUUCAAAUUGGAAGCAUUGUGGGUGCCUAUGUGAUCUUCGUCGCUGUCCUCCUAGCUCUACUUAUCUUCGUCGGUCGUCGCCUGCGUCGAACAGUCCAGUCUUCCAACUAUACUCUGCAUAUGGAGAUGCUGAAGCCUGCCAGACCGACUGUCAGCAUUGAUCCCAGUCCAAUUACUCCAUUGUCACACAACCUCCCUAGUCCCAAGUCAAGUGGGUUCAAGUCCUGGGGCUCAUUGAACAGGAGUGCCAGACCUUCCCAGCCAUCCGUCAACGGCAGCAUGUUGACCAUCGACGAGUCCAUCGUUGCAAACGACCGACAACGAGCCCAGCAUGAUAUGGAGAUGCUCUAUGCUGCGGUCAUGGAACACGACGCCCAAAAGGCCUCGGGGAUUGAUCUGUCCGUUCGGGAACGGGAAUCCCAUUCCCAAUCCCACUCACCGGACAGUCAACUCACAAACCCAUUCACCGACCGUGGCUCACACGUAUCGGACAGCUCAUUGGCGCCAUUGAAGUCCCCUACCAAGGGCUUCAACAGUUCCCGCUUAUCCAAACUUUUCAACUCAGGCUCCCGCGCUAAUCCAGACCCGAGCAAGCUGCGCUCGCCGCGUCUGGAUAUUCGCAAACUACCCAUAUCAUCACCAGUAGCCUCGCCAGCAAUAGCUACACCCCAAGCUUAUAUACCAGAAAAUCCACCCCUUUCACCGCGGAUUUACAACCCCGGUCCUCCUCCAGUGGUGCCAGGACAACAGUCGACCGGGCCGAUCAUGCCCGCCCCAGGGCGUGCCCGUGCACCGGCACCUCUGACGUUGGCUACACCUUCACCUUCGUCUUCUUUGCCUUUCCGUGAGGCGUACCCACCACAGAGUGCCCCGGCAACCAAAACUACCAUCUUGGAGCGGCCACUGAAGAACCGGGCCGGACCUCUCACAGGCAUGGCCACACCUUACAGCCCUUACAUGCCGUUUACCCCUGUGACGCCGUUUACUCCCGGGCGCACUGUGACCAAGCGACAGCGGAAGCGAGAGGAACGUGGAAACGGACUACAAGUACUGAACGAGGACGACCUGGUCCAGAAUGACGAUGCCAUCUGGGGGUAA